AUGGAGGGAUCUCCCAGAAUCGAUGGGUCUCACCGGCCAAAGCGCGCAUCUCGCGCCUGCCAACGCUGCCAUUCUCGCAAGGUCCGAUGCGACGCCACCGUGAAUGGCUUCCCUUGCACGAACUGUCGCUUGGAUGCCGUCUCAUGCCAGGCUUUCUUGGGUACGAGAGACCGUCGGAAAGAGCUGGCGAUGGCGCGUGCCCUCGCAAUAGCAAAUGGCACCGGGAAAGAGCUUCUGCCGUCUAGGGCUGCCUCUCGGCGUGCAGGCCGGGCUCGGAUCUCAGAAGAGGACACUCACCCAGUCCCACUGGCGUACUCGCAAUACCCAUUUAUACAGCCUGUUGCGAUGGAUAGACUGGAGCGCAGCAAAUCCUUGCUCAUAGAGACGCAGGAUUGCCUAAGUUUACCGCAGAAAUCCGAGGUAGAUGCCUUCAUCCGCCAUUACUUCUUAUAUGUCCAUCCGUUCGCUCCGCUAUUUGACGAAGCAGCGUUCUGCAGGGCGUACCGCGAUGCUCGGCCGGGCAGCACGCAGAUCUCGCUCACCGUUUUCCGCGCGAUGAUGUUCUCAGCAAGCUGCUUUGUCCCAGAGGAAGUGGUCAAGAGGUGUGGUUAUGCCUCUCUGCUCGAUGCCCGAGAUGAUCUGUAUGAAAAAGCCAAGCUAUUGUAUGAAAGUGGCGUUGAAGAUGACCCGUUGGCUCUUUCAACAGCAGCGUUGUUGCUCACGUAUUACUGCUCUGACUUUGAGGUAUAUGCCAACUCGGAAUGGCUGCGCGUCGCGAUCAAACAAGCAGGAAUCGCGCAGGCGCGCCAGGCCGAAUCCGAAGAUCAUCGAGCAACUGCUCGGGGGUCAGAAUUGAAGCGAGUAUGGUGGUGCUGCUUGAUCAGGGACCGCAUCAUAUCGCUUGGGAUGCGGCGUCCGAUUCAGAUUACCGCUGCACACCUUGAGCUCUACCCGCCAAUGCUGACGAGGAGGGACAUGUACGACGAGAUAUUGCAUUCCAUAGUCUACAAAGAGGAAGUAAAGUCAGGGCUCUUCGAGCUGCUUGUUGGUCUGUGCCACCUUGUCACAAUAAUUACCGAUUUGCUAGCAGUGGCCUACCCCGGGCCGCCGACAGAUAAUAAAAUACCAGUCCGGCUGAAUGACCUCAACGAACUCGACAAUCUGAAGUCGUCGUUAAUAUUCUGGGAGCUGGACUGGAUGACGCACAUGGACGGGAAGAACUUCGGACUACAUGCGUCCAUCCCCCUUUUCGCCGGCCUACUCGGAAUAUACUACCACGGUAGAUCAGCUCGGGUGGCACUUUGCAACCGUGUCUGCCUGGUACUGAACGAGAUAGCGGACUACACGACUGGGAAUAUCCAGAAACUGGCGUUCUGUCGAUCCGAGCUGGUAGCGGCCAUUCGGUCAAUAGCAGACAGCGUCAGAAGGCUCAUGAGCAUCAAGGCAAUCGACAAGCUUCCUAUCAUCAGUAAUGUGAUUAGGGCCGCAUAUACAACGACCCCUUACAUCCUACUGUCCAUCGACUCGCAAACCUGCUGGCGAGAUGUAGGGCAGAAUCAAGACACGCUGGUUUUAUUCUCCGCCGUCAACAGAUCACUUGGCUUGCGGUAUCACGUUACUAGGGUAUCGAACCUGAUUGCACGAGCACUAUGGGUGUCCCGAUUGCUCAAGGAUACUCAGCCAGGGGUUCACAGAAAGCUUCAAACACAAGCAGACAGGAGCAAUCAUUGGAAUAUAUUCACACUUCCACUACAGCAGUAUAGCCGACUACUUCAGUACAUCGAUCAUUCAAUGUCAAUCCCCCAAAACUCGGAACAAGAGACAGGGGUGCUAUACGCAGCAGUGUCUAGGCCCUGGGAGUCGGUUCUGGAGCGUACCCCACCGCGACCUGAUACCUCUCGUGCGGAACGAGAACUGACCCCAGUAUGGAUGGAAGCAAUGGAGAAUUUCUUCUGCGGACCCGGGAGGCUAUUAAGCCUGCCGUCAUCAAGUGCUGUAGAAGAGUCAGAAGCAUCCUGCAGCACUGCGGUUUAGGAAGGCCCCAUUCCAUUUAGCAACAUUGAUCUUCCC